AAUUAGCCGGAGGACCGUACUGCAGUCGUUUAGAUGACUGUUUCAUUUGUAAUCAAGAAACAAUGUCUUCAGUUGAGUAUUUGAGAGAGUUUGUCAACGAGCGGCUGGCUGUUACUGCUGAAGAAAUAUUCGGAGUUUUUAAACAAACUAUCGUCGAGUAUGAAGAAGAGAUCGACCGUCAGCGCAGGCUGCUGGAAAACGUUUGGAAACCUGAAAUAAAUGUACACAGGAUAGAGCUCCCACAGCAACAUGUCUGGGAGGAGGAGGUUCCCCCUGACCAACAGAAGAGCUGUAUUCAGGACUCCAGUCUGGACCAGGAGGACCCAGAGCCUCCACAGAUUAAAGAGGAGCAGGAGGAGGUCUGCACCACUCAGGAGGGAGAGCGGCUUGCACUGAAGGAGGAGACUGAUAGCUUCGUGUUUACUUAUGAGGACAGUGACCAGAGUGAAGAUCAGACUCUGUAUUUGAAUCCUGAUAAAACUCAAAGUGCAGCAGAGAAGGAGUCUGUAGACAUCAUGCCGGUUAUCAGCUCCGUGGUAUCAGAGGCACAAAGUGACCAGCAGCUCCUCUCUCACAACCUCCAAGUAGCUGAGAGCCAAGAACAUGAAGGAGGCAAGCAUGGAGGCUCAGGAUCAACCAGAAAUGCAAAAACAAAGAGAAAACGUCACAAAAGCAGAAGUCACAGUAACAAUGACAACCCUAACUUGUCAGAGAAUCACUGUAAUACUCGCAUGGGUAAAAAGCCAAUCAAAUGUGACACAUGUGGAAGAGAGUUUCCCUUUAAGUCACAUUUGGAGAGACACCUGAGAGUCCACACAGGUGAAAAGCCAUUUUCAUGCAAAAUAUGUGGGAAAUAUUUCUCAUGUUCUAGUAUCUUAAAUGUCCACAUGAGAACCCACACAGGUGAGAAGCCGUAUCCUUGCAACACCUGUGGGAAAAUGUUCCGUAGCAAAUCAGUUUUGGGCCAUCACAUGAGAACCCACACAGGUGAGAAACCAUAUUCUUGUGAAACAUGCGGGAAAAUAUUCCGUCAGACAUCUUCAUUGAACAUUCAUAUAAGAACUCACACAGGUGAGAAGCCGUAUUCUUGCAAAACAUGCGGUAAAGCUUUCAAAUGUAGCAGCAACUUAAAUAUCCACAUGAGAUCCCACACAGGCGAGAAGCCGUAUGUUUGUAAGACCUGCGGCAGAGGAUUCUGUGACAUUUCAGGGCUGAAAAAGCACAUUAGAAUCCACACAGACGAGAAACCAUUUGUUUGCACAACAUGCGGGAAGGAUUUCAGAAUUAGUCGUGAGUUGAUGGUGCACAUGAGAAGAGACCACGCUGAUGAGAAGCCAUACGUUUGCGAGACCUGCGGCAAAAGAUGCUCUGAUGCAUCUGACUUUGACAAUCAUAUGAGAACGCACACAGGAACAUAGCCACACUUUUGCAAAAUAUGUGGAAGAGAAUUCAGUUUGAGAAGUUUAUGGUCAAGACACACAAGAACUUACAG